AUGGGAAGCCCACCAGUGAGCUCAAACAUAUCGUUUCCACCAGCAGACAUUGAUGGGGAACUGAAUCCUGCAUCUGGCAAUAAUGUUCAUGUUGAAGUUGACCCUGUAUCAUCAGAGGUAGCUGCCACAAAACCCUCCAAGGAACAAACUGAGGUGAAACAAGAGAAAAAGGAAGGGAAAAAGAUGGAUGCCAUACGAACACUAAAGUCAGCCAUUAUUGUUUCAGGCAUAAUUGUGGCUGUGGCAGGUGUUGCCUUUGCUGUGAACCCGCGCGCUCUCGCUCUCUCUUGUGGUCCACUUCAGGGUUGGCGCUUAGUUUCUCGGCAAUUGGCUUCUGAAUUCAAUCUGAAUAUGGACUUGUCAAAUCCUGCAGCCUUUGUCAAUGCAGAACUAUUGCACUUUUAUAUUGGAAGGAGGGUAAGGGCCCUGAUGCAGGUUGUGCGAUCUGAUGGUGGAGUUGUCAUUGGAAAAUCAACAGAUGAGAAACAGCUAGUUGUAAAAGGAUCACCCCCUGCUCCUCUUACAACUUUUGUGGAAGUUUUUGGUAUUGUAAACAGUGAUAAGUCAAUUGGUGCUGAGAUAUGGACCAAUUUUGGCGAUUCCAUUGAUAUGUUCAGCUACAACAAGCUUUGUCAGCUUGCAAAUGGAGAACUUAAACAGCUGUUCCUGUGA